UAGGUGAAUCAGUUUAUUCAGUCACAUUUUCCAUUCGAUUCAAGAACAACAUCAGCUGAAGUACAGGAUGGCACGCUUUAUAGCUCUGUUUUUAGUUUUACUAAUGGCUGUUACUGUAAUGGCUCAGAUGCCUGAUAGCAUGAGCUUUGAUUCUGGUGCACGCAAAAUGCAGUUUGAUAAACUCUCUAAAGUCAUUUGUUAUACGAAGCCUGAGUAUGGCCUAUGCAAGGGCCGACGUCAGAUGUGGUAUUUUAAUAAGUAUAAACUUAAAUGCGAGAAAUUCAUCUAUUCAAAUUGCGGAGGAAAUCGUAAUCGUUACUUUACCAAAGCCGAAUGUGAUGAAUUUUGCACUGAUAGAGCUAAAGAAUGGAUCGCAAAGGAAAUGCCCAUGCGUCCUAGACAUGAUAUCAAAUAGUAAUAAUUAAUCUAUUUUAUUUGUAUACAAAAAAUAAAACUAUCAAUUUAAUUAUUGAAGUCGAGAAUGAUACGUUCUAACAAUA